AUGGCGAGCACUCAUCCUCAAGAUCGAUCAAUGCGGAAGAUAGUCAAGUGGGGCCUGUUCGGGCUUGCAUUAUCUGCGCUCUAUUACCUGCUGCACGACAUUCUCUUCGUCUCAAUAGGCAUCGGCCGAAAAAUCCAGACUAUUGAAGAGUUUCCAUGGACCUGUACCCGACUUCAACACCCUUUACUGGAGGGCUGCGAGGAUAUGUGGCUGGAUCAUCAUGGCCGCAAGCUGUACGCGGCCUGCACGAGUAUUGAGUCCCGCCAGGGAUGGAGUCCCGGUGGCAACUUGUUCAAUAUCUCAGCUCGAUCUCGCACAGAUCAUAUUUCAGUGAUUGAUAUUGACCGCCCUAUGUCUGAUGGGCUAUAUGGGCUACGUACGCUGAAAUUAGAUGGAUUCCCGAGGGACAUUGAUCUUCACGGAUUUGACGUCCAUCGCACAGGAGACCGGCUUCGGUUCUGGCUCAUCAAUCACCAACCGGCCGUUAACGAUGCUACUGGAGAAUUUUUGGAUCCAAAAACUGCUGGAGCAAAUUCUACCAUCGAGAUAUUUGACUUGGACAAUUCUUCGGAAGUGCUCCAAUAUGUCAAGACUAUUGCCAGUGACUCCAUCGUUUCACCUAACAACGUCGCUGUGGAUAGCGAUGGGGUGGGAGCUGUCAUAACUAACGAUCACAACUCAAAGGUUGGCACUUUUCACUGCAAUUUUGCUGCCAAAAAUGGGUUUGCAUUUCCCAAUGGCAUUAUCAGGGGUCAGAACGGAAUGUUCUAUGUUGCCAAUUCAAUUUCCGGUGUAGUGGGCAUCUAUCGAUUGAAAAAUGGCCAAUUGAACCAGGUUGACACCGUUUCUUUGGGAUAUCCCCUUGAUAACAUAUCAGUUGAUUCUCAGGGAAGUGUUAUUGCAGCUGCAAUUGCUGAUUCAGUUCAAUUUGUUAAAUCUAUGGGCAAUCCAUAUAACGUUGUCGCACCGGCGGCGGUUUUCUCUAUUCAUGAAACAAGCGACGGGAAACACGAAUUCAGAAAGAUGGUCGAAGAUAAGGCCGCCAAGGCACUUCCCAGCUCAACAAUAGCGGUGCAUGAUGUGCAAUCCCACCUUUUAUUUCUCGCGGGAAUUUUCUCACCAUUUAUCACCAGGUGUGAGAAGUACGAUUAA